GCGAACAUUCUUCGCACCUGUGGCGCAAUUCAACAUAUUGUUGUAGUAAAUUAAAGUCAAACGAGACUAUCUAAAACCAAUAAUUUUAUACGUGGCAAUACGACGUUUCUUAUUUAUAUAGAAGCUUAUACACCCCACGUGGCACGGAACAUAUUAAUUUAUUUGUUUAAGAUAUCUAUAAAUAAUAUAUAUAAAUCGAGUGGGCUAAAUUCACAUAUUCAGUACGACGCGCUAAAGCAGGGCAAUCAGUACAUUGACCAGUGGCUGAGCGUUGUCUACAAUAUCCAAAAAAAGCAAUCAUGAACUUGUCCGUGAUCAUCUGCAUAAUGACGACCCUCUUGGGUCCAACCUUGGGAAAAGUAAUAAUGUGCUAUUUCGGAAGCUGGGCUACGCAUCGUCCCGGAAAAGGCAACUUCCAAGUGUCCGACAUCGAACCCAGUUUAUGCACGCAUUAUAUUUAUGCAUUUGUCGGUGUCACGGCAGAGGGAUCUAUCCACUUGAAGAAUAAGCGGGACCAUUUACCUACACAUGGUGAAAAGAAUGAUAUCGAAAAAUUUGCCGCUCUAAAGAAGAGGAACGGAGCAGUUAGAGGACUUGUUAGCAUCGGUGGAUGGGCAGGCACCGACGGCUUCUAUCUUGUCGUGAACAAUGCUACUUUACGUGCGAAAUUGGUUAAAAAUGCUGUUGCUUUUCUGGAAAAGUAUCAUUUGGAUGGAUUUGAUGUGAAUUGGGAUUAUCAAGGUCAAACUGGAGGAGUGGACCUUGACAAGAACUUCGUUGAGCUUGUGAAAGAAUUGAAGGAGGCAUUUGUAAAGAAAGAAUUUCUUCUAACUGCUGCAUUUGGAACUCUCAAACAUCAUGGAACUCGUGUAUACGACAUUCCAGCACUGAUCGGAAACUUGGAUUACCUUAUUGUCAUGAGUUAUAACUUGACUACUGCAUCUUCCUCUAACGUUGUAGAACAUCACGCACCGAUGUUUCCUGCCAGUAAUCAAAAGCCUAAUGCUACCUUAAUGCAGAACAAUGUAAAAGCGUGCGUCGAUUUCUGGCUGAAGAGUGGUGCUCCUGCUUCGAAAUUGGUACUUGGAUUGCCUCUUUAUGGAAAAACAUUCACAUUGGCCGAUGCUUCAAAGACUACACCCGGAAGUCCGUCAGCUGGUCCAGGACGUGCCGGCCCCUACACGCGCGAAGCUGGUAGCCUCGGUUACAAUGAGAUAUACGAAAAACAAUUAAGUGGAAAGUGGACUACUGUCUGGGAUGAUAAACGGAAAGUGCCUUAUGCUUACAGUGGAGAUCAGUGGAUAGGAUUCGAUAAUAGAAGAAGUUUAGCGGUAAAAAUAAAUUACGCUAAGAAGCAUGGACUCGCUGGCAUAAUGAUCUGGAACAUAGAUACUGAUGACUUCAGGGGAACUUGUGGCCACGGCCGUUAUCCACUUCUUAACGCUUCUAGGGCAGCACUCAAUUCUACUGCGGUUAUACAAGAAGAGAUACAAGAAGAUGUACAAGAUUCAAAUACUCCAUAGAACUAUGUAAUCUUUAUGGGAGAUGGAUUGUGGGAAAUAAAUUAUGCAUUAUAAUGUU